AAGGUAUCUCAAACUGAUGAUUACCAAAAUAUAACAAGCAUAAAUGUUUUAUUAUUAUUUGUGAUUUAAGCGACCCCGCCACAUCUGACAGUGACGAAUUUUUAGGAAACCGGCAAGAAAAAAUAAAGGUUUAGUUUUAGGGUUGAUUUUAAUAUCUAGAAAUGGACUUAAGCGGGAAGUUGAUAAUAAAAGUCCAGUUGGGUGAGGAUAUACGAAGGAUCCCCAUACACAACGAGGACAUCACCUAUGACGAGUUGUUACUUAUGAUGCAGAGAGUAUACCGGGGUAGACUCUCCAGUACCGACGAUAUCACUAUCAAGUACAUGGAUGAAGACAAGGACCUUAUCACAAUAUUUGAUGACUCUGACCUGACAUUUGCUAUUCAGUGCAGUAGGAUCUUAAAAAUUACAUUAUUUGUAAAUGGACGGCCUCGGCCCCUAGAAACAGAUGAAGUAAAAUUAAUAAAGAAGGAACUGCAGCAUGUUCGUGACACUGUCAACCACCUACUGGACCGAUUAGAACCACAAGGGGAGAUAACUAGUUCAGGGGAGGCAUCAGUCAAAGAUGAGCCAAUGGUGACAGAGAGUGGGAGAAAUCAGGCCACCGUAUCAGCUUCAGGAUCAACACCAGUGAAUGCUCAGCAGGGGAAGGAGUUUGACCCACUCUCCUCUCAACGGUCAACAGAUGAAUCCCAACAGAACAAAGUCAUGUCUUCAUUUGGUCUACCUGGCCAGGACAGGUCUGGGACACCGGAUAGUUUAUCUAGUAUUGGAUCAUCAUCCAGUAACCAAUUAAAGGCCCAACAGCAACAGGCCCAGCAACUUCUUCAACAACAGGCACAGCAGCAACAACAACAGCAACAACAACAACAACAACAACAACAGCAACAACCACCAGCACCUUCACCUGCCACUAGUGAUGCCAAUGCAUCUAGUUCAGCAUUUGUUGCUCCCCAACCACCCCAGGCCCCGACCCAGACACAAGUUAGUCCAUCACCGCAGCACCAGAUGUACCAUGGUGGCCCGACCCCUCAACAACAACAUCCUGGACAACCAAGUUUCCAAACCCCCCAACCAGGUUAUUCUGCUGCAGCCUCUUCCAGUUCUGCACCCGGCCAGCAACCUGGAAGUAACACUUACCCACAGGCUGCUCCAGUUGUAGGCUAUGCAGCUGGGGGACCUGGACAACAGCAGCGCCCACAACAGCCUCAACAAUUACCUGCCCAAGGUAUUCCCGGUCAGCCAGGCUUUUCUCAGCAGUCUGGUUCCUUCCCUUACCAGUAUGGCAAUCAGCAGCCCAUGCCUCAGCCAGGUGUUGCCCCUGGUCCGUCACAGGGUGCUCCAUGGAAUCAACCUCCGGGGGGAUACCAAAGCUACACUGGUCAACCACAACCUUCAGGGGCCCCCACCAGCUCUCCCUCUGGGACUCCUGGAUCAGCUAGCCCUUCAAAUCCCUAUGCACGAGGGACAGGCCAGGGAUAUGGGGCUGGUUACCCUAAACCUACCCAGGGCUACUCACAAGGCUACAAGUGAUGUAACACACGACAAAGCAUUAUGUUUCAUUCCUCCUCUGUCACAAUGAUGUGAUGUCGGCCAUAUUGGGAGAUCUUUUUCCUUCAUGUAUCAACUGCUGCUGAUUUGGCACUCGGUUACUUCUCUUCACUGAUCGUUUAGUGAAAUACAAUUUGUAGCCCAAGACAUUAGUUAUGAUAAAUGUUGUCAGGCUGUGGUUAAAGAUUUAACAAUUUGACUUGCUAUUGAUACUCUGUCAUUAUAGUGAAAAUGUAUCAAAAUUGGCAAAAAUUUCACAUCAUUUCUAAAUUCUAACACAGCAAACCAAAUUCAGUUGGAUCAUCUGAGUGUAAGGUGAGGAGAGCAUUAUAGACCUACUUCUGUAUCAUCCAGUAAUUGGGAUCUCUCCGAGUCAGAUGGAAACAGUUAAUAUUUAUGGUACAGUUGCCUAUUUUAACUAUGUCAAUGUAUGCUACAGAUGUAUAUGUUACUCAGCAACAUUUUAUUCUAUUUAAUCAACUGUUUAGCCCACUGUCAUCAGAUGGUGAGCUGUUAAAUCACCUGUGGCCCUUCACCUCUCAUCAGUAAAAUGUUUAUAUUUGGAAUUGAUCCCUAAAAGUCUUAUUUUGUCAGGUAAAAUAUGUCAAAACAUAAUCAAAAUGAAUGACUAAAACGUACAGUAAAGAUCAACCUCACAUAGAACCAAUAAAUAUCAUACAAUAGUGGGCACUACGAUCCUUCUGGGAUCUCUUGCAGUAGUCCAAUCUUGUUUUGGGUCUUUUUUUUUCUUGUGAAUUAAUUUGUCUCUCCUUGUUUUACUGUUGAAUCUGUUACCUACACAAGUCACAAACUUGGUCUUUAAUUUCUAGUAAAAACAUUCAAUGUUAAUGUGCAAUAAACUAUCUAAUGAUCAUAAAGAAACAUCAAGUAUGUAUAUAUGUAAGAAUGUAUUGCAUACAAACGCUUGGUUUUCCUUUCUAGAAUGUAAUAUAUUAUACGGUAACUCCUGUGAUUUUAUACCAAUAUGAAGACAUUGUUCAUUAGUACAUGUCCAUGCGACUUUUUGUAAAUUACUUGCAUAGCAUUGAUCAAACUAGACUUUGUCUCUUCUGUGUUGUACAAAAGGUUCAUUGUCUUGUAUGCAUCGAGCAAAGGACAGUGUCUGUAUGUGCUGUAUAAAGGUUUGCUAUGUGUUGUACAAGACUUGGACGGAGAGAAAAUUG